AUGUGUGAGUGUGAAUCGGUGUGUGUCGUGUCUGGAUCUACAGUUUUGUCAUUAAUGUAAGUUUUCCUGAGUCUCUACAAUAAUUCCUGUUUGAGUCAGACAGUGUGAGUAUUGUUAUCUUGGCUAAUAAGAAGAAUUACAGGAUAGUUCUGUUCACUUCUCUCCAACCAGGAAACAAAAUCUUCACACUGUAAAAUGGCAGAAGUUUCACUGGCUCAGGAUGAGUUCAGCUGUUCAGUCUGUCUGGAUCUCCUGAAGAAUCCAGUGGCUAUUCCCUGUGGACACAGUUUCUGUAUGGUGUGUAUUAAUGGGUUCUGGGAUGAGGAGGAUCAGAAGAAGAUCUACAGCUGCCCUCACUGCAGACACACCUUCACCUCAAGACCUGUCGUGAGUAAAAACACCAUGCUGGCUGAGGUGGUGGAGAAACUGAAGAAGACGAGACUCCAGGCUGCUCCUCCUGAUCACUCUUCUACUGAUCCUGAAGAUGUGGAGUGUGAUUCCUGUAUUGGGAGAAAACACAAAGCCGUCCAGUCCUGCCUGGUGUGUCUGGCCUCUUUCUGUGAAGCUCACCUCCAGCCUCACUACCAAUCUCCAGCCUUUAAGAAGCACAAGCUGGUCAAAGCCUCCAGACGACUCCAGGAGCAGAUCUGCUCUCAGCACGAUAAACUGCUGGAGGUUUACUGUCGCUCAGACCAGCAGUGUAUCUGCAUGCUGUGUAUGCUGGAUAAUCAUAAAGCACAUGAUGCUGUAUCAAUCGCAGCAGAAAGAUCUAAGAAACAGGAACAGUUGGUGGAAAUGCAGAACAAAUUCCAGGAGAGGAUCCAGGAGAGGGAGCAGGAGCUUCAGGAACUGAGGAAGGCUGUAGAGUCUCACAAACGCUCUGCUCAGACAGCAGUGGAGGACAGUGAGAAGAUCUUCACUGAGAUGAUCCUCUCCAUUGAGAGAAGACGCUCUGAGGUGAGGCAGAUGAUCAGAGAUCAGGAGAAAGCUGCAGUGAGUCGAGCUGAAGAACGUCUGAAGAGACUGGAGCAGGAGAUCACAGAGCUGAAGAGGAGAGAUGCUGAUCUGGAGAAGCUCUCACAGACCGACGACACCAUUCAUUUUGUUCAGAGUUUCCAGUCUCUUUUGGCACAGCCAGUAUCAUCAGAUUUACCCACAGUCACUAUCAGUCCUCUCCUCUCAUUUGAGGAGGUUGUGGAGUCUGUGUCUCGGCUGAGGGACAAAGUAGAAGACUUCUGUUGUGAGGAGUUUGAGAAGACAGCAAAUGGAGUGAAGGAAAUCCAGAUUAUUCCUCUUCCUGAACCUCAAAGCAGAAAGGACUUUCUACAAUAUUACUACAGGCUCACGCUGGAUCCCAUGACAGCAAAUCAGCACCUCCACCUGUCUGAGAAGAACAGAGUGGUGAUCUGCAGUGAUAAAGCACAGACACUUCCGUACCAUCCUAAGAGGUUCAGCUAUUACCUUCAGGUUCUGUGUAGAGAGAGUGUGAGCGGACGCUGCUACUGGGAGGUGGACUGGAGAGGAUCUACAGGGGUUUCGGUAGCUGUGGCGUAUAAAAGCAUCAGCAGGAAGGGGAAAAGUAUCGAGUGUCUGUUGGGACAAAGCGAUCAGUCAUGGCGGCUGUUCUGCUCUCCCUCCGGUUACUCGUUCAGACACGGUAAAUCAGAUGCCGAGAUCCUGGCGCUGCCCGUCUCCUCUAGAAUAGGAGUGUAUGUGGAUCACAGGGCAGGAACUCUGUCCUUCUACAGCAUCUCUGAUACCAUGACCCUCAUCCACAGAGUCCAGACCACCUUCACUCAGCCACUCUACGCUGGGUUUGUGGUUUGUUCGGGAUCAGUCGUUAAAAUGUGCAGCGCAGAUGAAGAACUGAAAGGAUCAAACGUUCAGGUUUUAGAUGCGCUGUUAAGAUAGCAAUACGCCAAAGUCUGAGUGCAUCUGUCUCUUACAGGGAAUGGCAAGUGAUACACUGAUUGGUUUAUUGCAUAUAACGUCCAAAACACUCCCAUGAUUAAUUAAAAUAAUUAGUUUAUGCCUUUUGCGCAUUUUGAGAGGUGCAAGGUCUACUUUUCCCGUUUUUAUGAUAGCAAAGACACACUGACACUCCCUAAGUCAAGCUGCAUGGUGCACACAUAUAAAUCGCUAAAAUAUGGCCUAAAGUGUUUUUGUGACAUAUAUAAUGAUUUUUUGCAAAUGUGCAUCAGGACAGAAGUGAUAAAAAAACUACCCUAAGA